CUUGGCUCAGCACCAGCCUCUCGGUUGGUGACCAUCCGUGGCCCCAUGGGCGACAACUUCUUUUGGCAGGACUUGCUCGAUGUUGCCAAGUCUCCAUGCCGCAAACGACAGAAGGUGCCCGAGCUUCCUACCGUUUUUCCAAAGAUGUGGUGUCAGAAGUAUUUGGAGAAGGCCGGUUUUGACAAAGAGACCUUGCCGGCUGGCCAGCGUCCGUGCCUUGGCAUUUGUUAUGAGAUUUUGCCAGUGCGUCCUCCUCCAGAAGUGAUGCCACCACCACCGCCGUCAGUGUCUGCAACAUCAGAGGAGCUUCUGCGGGCCAUUCGCACUGGCCACGAAGACGGCCGAUGGACCACAGUGGCUCUUUCUGGGUCGUACCAAGCAUAUUUCAUUUUUGAUCCACAUAGGCUGCGCGUGUGGGGCAGCUGCGAAGGACUGGGGUCCUUGGCUUACAUUUGGCGCCACAUCACUGAGAUGACAGGGGUGAAGCACGAGCUGCUUUUUUCCUCGGAGCUGCACGGGCCUUCCCGAGAUUUCUGCAUUCGGAAUGGAGAUUGUGCCUUGGGCAGGUGCCACUUCUAUAGCGAUUGCUCGCACGACGAGCAGGGUGGCUGGUGCCACAUUUGCCAGGAACUGCACAGCGAAGGAAUUUUUUUGGGAGAGGAGACGGAUCUAGCUGCGAUUGGAAUUCCAUGCCAGAAGUUCUCACCAUUGAACAUUCGCACGAAGCUGCUGCAGUACAACCCGUUUGCACAGAUGCUUGACGGCAAGCUGAGGAAAGGGCAAGUGCUGUUGACUGGCAGCGAAGUUAUCCUGACUUGCCUUGCCAAGCUUCGGAGGAGAAACCCGAAAACCUUCGUGCUGGAAGAGGUUGCUACCAUUGCCCAAGCAUUCAAGACGCCAAUCACCAUCGACGAGCAUGUUUACGAGGAACUGCGGUACCUGCGAAACAAGCAAAGAACUGAGAAAGCUCGUGCAGCUGUUCAAUUUAACCGCCUGAAAAGGAAGCAAGAGGCUAGCAGUGAGUUGCCUCAACACCCUGCAGAAGAGUACAGGAGGGAGCAUGUCUUGUGGGAAAGAGCGCGCAGUGCAUGCAUGUUGACAGAGGAAGGGAAUCUUUUGCACAACGUUUUGCCUCGGACUUUGCAAGCUUUGUCUGAAUCUGGCAAUCUGGGCCACAGUGAAGACUUCAAAGCAGAGCUGGAAGAUCUCCUUCAAGAUGAGGUCGUGAACGCUGACGUGGCCAAUGAUGAUUGGGAAAGCUGGCUUUUGAACCUGUCCAAGGUUGGUGACCUGUCCCCUGCAGAAGUAAACCAGAAACGGAAGCAGUUGACAUUUUCUGCAUUCAGGCAGCCUGAGUUUGCACCACGAACGAUGUUGCUUGAAUAUCUCAUGUACCCCUUAUUGAGCGGCAUGGACUCCCUCCUGACCAGAAGUGGACUUUUAGCCAGAUUGCACCACAUGCCCGAUUUGAAGCUCGAUGCGCAAGAAUCCUUGAGAUCGAGGUCUUCAGUGUUCUUCAAGCACUUUAUCAGUGGCAACUUUGGAUUUGAGAUGGUGGAUCUCUACGUUGAGAAAUUGCGGAAUUUCCCAAGACUUGGCUUGCCGAACAUGGCCAACGAAUGCUUCACCAUUUGCAUCUCUGUGAUGGGGGAGGUCUGGCGGAGGUUUGUGUUUGACAAGCAGUGUUGCCCCUACACAUUGUUUGCCUUGUUGGAUACCACAACAGACGAAGAUUUUCUAAGGGCAUACAGGGACAUGCAAAGGAGUAUGGAGGACUGCCCAAUGUGUACAGAUGUCGAGUUCAGCAGGGUCCUUUUGCGAGCCAUUCCGACAGAUGGGAAUCUAGCGGAGUUGAAGCCGGCAAUUUCCACACUGCGAAACUUUUUGGAAGAUGUGACAAUUUUCACACCAGUGAGCUCAGAUUUGGUAGAAUGCCUGCAUGGCUUCCAGCAAGGCUGGAAUGUCUUUCAGCGAGAAUGGUUUCAAGAGCGCCAAGUCACUCCAGAUCAAUGGAAGGAAGAGCUCACCAGAUGUUCUUCAGCUUGGAAAGGUUUGUCAGAGAAGCGUCAAGAUCCCUAUCAUGCAAAGGCGGCGCACGAAAAUGGUUUGAGAGAGGAGGCUAUGCUCCAACCACUUCCGUCACGAGAAGAAAUCAAGUCAAACACUGUUCCUCUGGGGGCUGCUGGCUUCAAUGCUGCAGAGCUUUUGGGCAGGCUUGAUUUGGUUCGCCUCAGUGACAGAAACGAAGAUAUUGAAGCGACGUGGAAUGAGGCAGUGAGAAAACCACAGGCAGUCACGUGGUCAGACGACCAGAGGGACCUAGUGCACCAUGAGGGCGUGCUGACCUCAGGUGAUUUGGCACCGGGUACCUUGUUCUCGAUCGAUGAGACUGCAGUCUCCCAUCGACAUUUCGUACUGGGCCCAUCUAUCAAGAAGCCCAUGAUCCAAGUGGUUUUGGAAUGCUUUCCGGGAGCCAGCCCUGACGAGCUGACGAUACUCAAUCCAGAGUCCAGACGCGUGACUUGGUUCACUACGAGCCAGCUGUUCGAACAUGUUUUGGGGCAAGGUUGCUCUUGCAAGACAAUGCGCAUCAAAUCCGCAAAGUAUGAGUUCCCCCUGGGUUCUGAGUUGCUUGUGCUCAAACUGCUACCGAACACAGGUGCUUUGCUGGAGUUACACACUGAAGCCAAAAAGAACAAGACGCCGAAGCCCAAAAAUAAAAUCGCGCUUCCUUUUGGUUUGAAGCUGGAGCCAAAGACUCGUUCUCGAAAGAAACCAAAGUUGAGCCACGGCAAGGACAUGGCCGUUUCAUCGAGAAAUCGAAAAACUACGGAGAACGUCCCAGAUAUUUUGCAAGACAUGAUGGAUUCUUUUGGUAAUUCCGAAAGCUCUGAUGGUGUGAGUGUUUCGGACGGAGGUUCCAGCAUUGACAGUUCUGCAGAUUCUGAUUUUGACGACAGCGAAGGGGAGCCAACAUUGGUCAACCCGCAACAACGAAGUGAGGAACUCAUGACGCGAGAAGUGUUGAGAAGUCACACAGCUUUACACUCAUCAGAACAGCCAGAGCCAGAAGUCCAAUCCAGUCUUGCAGCCGCCUCAAGUAGGCCAGCAAAAGGUGGAAGCACCUUUUGCAAUCAAAGUGUUGGAAUGGUGGAGAUUUCUGUGCAGAAAGCAGCCCGCCUUGCUCAAUGCCAGGGCUGUCAGACCAAAAUUGCACGAGACUCAGUUCGAGUUGGGUAUGCCUACAGCAGGAAGAAGUUCCACAGCUACGUGCACCCAGGAUGCUUUCCAUCGUAUUUGCAGGGGCAGAAUGGUGACAUUGAACAAUCAAUUGUUUUCGCAGAGAAAUGGAUAUCAGAGAACCAGGGCUUUGCUCAGCUGCCUGACAUUCAAAGCAUGCUGCAAGUCUUGCAGAGCAAAAGUGCGCCACUCGACUUCUUUCUUCAUGGAAAGCUGGAUGGUGUUCUCUAUGGGUUAGCAGAGCCGAGCUCAAAGUUUGGAUCAGCAAACCAUCGGCAGAGAUGUUACAUUUUGGGUGCUCGCAUUGAUGUGUGCGAAGAAGCAGAUCUGGAUCUUGCCUGCCGGUGGAUCGAAGAGGUUUUUCCCUCAAUUCAUCGCCGAUCUUCCAUCACUGACUGUUGGGAGUACACCAUGGCAACGGUGGCACCGUGCUCGUAUCCUUCCCCUGCCAAGGACCGAAGCAAGAAGCAGAAGGACCACAGCAGCAAAACGAAACAAAAGCAGUUUCUUCAGAACUUACAAGUGUCUGCAAAGGGCUGGGGCGACUACACUUGCUCAUUGAGCACUGCUCAACGAGAGCAACUGAACGUGAGGGAAAGGGUGAAGCUUGAUGUGGAGUUCGCAAAGAUUAAAGAACAUCCGAACUUUGACCCGAACGCCUUGGAUGAGUGCUUUGUGGAUGUGGCACGCAGCUACACCCAAGGCAUGGGUGUUUACCAGCGUGGCCUGGGCAGUGCAGUGCUGCUGGCGAUUCAAGGAUUCGACCCGGCAGAGUUCACCUUCAGUGAAGCCAGUGAAGCCAACUACAAGUUGUACAACCGUUUGGCAGGCAAUUCCUUCACGAGUAGUGUGGCCGGUGCUUGCAUCUUGGGCUUGGUUCUGGGAAUUCUUCUGAAGGAUGGAUCAGGCCAGUGGUUCGGUUGCAUUAUCUGCGGUGACAACAUGGCAGGCUGUCCCUAUUUGCCAAUGCUUCCACGCCUUGAUACUGCUUGUGUCCGUGCUGAUUCAGUUUCCAGCAUUGAGAGUUCUGAGACGACUUCUGGGAGUGAAGCCUCUUUAUCGCCCAGCAGUCAAACUGUCGACAAGGACUUUCCAGAUGACAGUGCUUGGCAAACCUUUAUGACCUUAGGAAGUGCAGCUAUGAGCAGCGCUCUUGAGUCUGACGACGAGUGUUGUGAGCACUGUGGUCAGAAAUUUGGAGACAAUGACAAGGACAGUGACAUCCUUUUCCACAGUGACGCUCCAGCUGCUUCGGAUCCAAUUCCAGUUGCCCGAGUUAAGCCUUCCGCAUCAGUCUGCAGGGAAAGGUUUGCAGAACUUCGUGCAAAGCAUGUGCGUCACUAUGUGGAACGGCCUGGGAAGAGGGCUAGACAUGAGAAGGUCUCGAUGGAAGAGCUCAUCCGCAAGAGCGAAUCCCAGUACGUCGACUUCCAAAGCGUUUCAGAGCUCAUAUCUUUGAGCGAGUAUUUGGAGAAGCAUGCGAAGGUUUCGAAAGUCUUGAGAUCGGAGCGCGAAAGGAAGAGCUACAUUCAGAAUGUCCUCGGCCUCCAAGUGCAGAAGGAUCCAACCAAGAAUGGCGCCCUCGCUGUUGCAGUUCCGAAGCACACACUGAUGCUUUCCGGCACCAGAAUGUCGAGCGAGCGGGUGAAGGAGCAGAGGUUCGAUUCGAAAGAAGAAUCGAAGGAUGCAUUCUCCAAAGCCAAGGCUGGCGUUGAGGUGAAGCUCAACACGAAGGAAGACAUGGAAAGGGCUGAGCAGAUUGCCAAGGAAGAAGGCCAGGGUGACAAUAGUUCUGGCUCGGAUUCUGAUUCUUCUUCGAACUCCUCGAAGUCAAGCUUUGGCCUUGCUGAGUCGGAGGAUGACAAGCAAAAGGGGAAGAAGAAGCCGAGCAAGACUGCGGGGCCAAAGUCCAAGGCGAGGCGUCUCUCUGACCCACCUUCCACCCGUUUGACCAAGAAGACCACGCCCACCAAAAGCGAGGAUCCAGCCAAAGUUGGCAAAGCAGAGUUGGAAAAGUUUCAAGGAGUUUUGGAUAUGGCAGAGAAGUACCUUUCAAGUUUGCAGGAGCUCAAGCCAGAGAUUUUGUGGAAGUCACUGAUCCGAGCCACCGAAGUGGACCGAAAACUUUCGCGUGAGCAAUCCGUUCUCGCUUCCCUGGACAAUGCGCUGUCCAACGAGAAGCUUCCCUUGGACUUGAUCGCUAAAGGCAAAAAGUUGGUGACAUCGAUUGGCAAGGAGAUCAAGGCUGUCUUGAACCUGAAAGAAUUCUUUCGCGAGGUCCGCACCACCAAAGGUGUGUCUUCGCAGGAUGAGCCGGGCAAUGUGUUUGCCAACCUUGUGAAGCCUUUGUCCAGUGACAAGUUUGAGGCUGGCUUGCGCCUAGCUUCCGACCCUGGCACUUUGGUUGAGGUGCUUGCGUUUUGUGGCAAGAAGCUGCACGGAGCUGGCAUGUCCUUGUUCGACUUCAUGACGAUCACGGAAAAGGAGCAGAAGUGUGACGGCUUUGGAUUGCAGUGGUUUAUCUCCACAUGUCCUGUUCCAGAUGUGGACAAAAGGUGGAAAACGCUCUUGAAAGCGCAGGUUGCAAUUUUCAAUGACUGGUGCGACCGCAUUCGAGCAGGCGCUUCUGUGGAAGACAUACAGAAGGAUUUGCCCAUCAGACUGCGUUCGACCGAUUUUGACAAGGAGAAGAAGUGGCCACAUGGUGGACGUGUUGUUGUUAGGCUGCCAAGUCCAGAUGCCGAGUUCGUGGUGCAAGACAUCGGCAAGGCUUAUGAGAAUCAAGUGGGCCUGAGUCACACUGUCGUGGUGGAUCUCCAGAAGGUUUUUGCAAUCCUAGACAUGGCAUCCAUGCAAGCUGGCAAGACCAUUGACCUGAAGUUCACCGCGGCCGUGGCUGCAUAUGAAGGCUUUUCUUCGAAGAUUUCACUCUGCGUCUCAUCGCAGCAGCAGUGGAGGUGCCUACCGGACAUGUGUGUUGCAUAUCAUUGGUUGUGCCGAGUCAGCAUGGUAUGGAAAAGACUCUCUGCGAAAGGGCGACAGCCUUACAUUGAGGCGUCACAGCGAACUUUCAAAGACCAACAGAAAAAAAGCAAGGAAGUCGGCUUGCGGUACAAAUCUGCUAUGGCGGUGGAAUUGGAUGCAAAAGAUCAAGCAGCCAGUCGUCCGACCACUCCUUUUGGACUGUUUUGCAAGGAGACCAAGCAGAAUUGUGCACAAGCUUCAAAGGCAUGGAAAGCACUUGGAGAAGAAGAGCGCCAAAAGUAUGUCCAGCAGAAUCAGAACGCACGAGAAGGUCCUGAUGUCCCUGCAGGCAAGCCUCAAUCAGAACUUGUGAUGCCUUUGACAAAAAAUCUGACCUACUUGGGGAAGCAUUUCGAGAUGCUGAGCUCUCAAAAGCAGCAACAGAUCCUUGGUCAUGGAACCUAUGGAACAGUGUAUGUGGUCCAGCACGUUCAGAGGCGGGACAUUUUUGCAGCCAAAAUUGAGACAAUGACCAGAUCCUUGCACAAAGAGGUUGAAAUCCUUAGGCUUUUUGAUCACCCCUCAGUGCUGCCAAUCGUUGAUUCCUCCGUUCUGGUUGGCGGGCUUUCUUGGAUGGUGGUCCCGCUCAUGCCGGGAAAUCUUCACUGCUAUCUUCGGAAUUCGAACAAAUUCGACGAUGAUGGCAAGAUCGCUUUAUUUCAUCAACUGGUGUCAGGCAUCGGCCAUGUCCAUUCCCAUUAUGUUGUACAUUGUGACAUCAAGCCUGGGAACAUUCUUGUGGACCCUUUUCGUCAAAGCUUCCGCUUGUGUGACUUUGGUCUGGCUUUGAAGGUACCGGUUGCACAGGAAGAACGUCGCAACCCCGUUUACUCCUUGCCGUACAGACCUCCAGAACUCUGCUCCGCAGAAUGUGAUCUAUGCAUCCAUCUGAACGUUCGUUGUGAUUCUUGGGCAGCCGGCCUCACCAUGGUGGAAGCUGGUUGUGGGAAGCGCUUUUUCUCUGCAGACUGUCGUGCGGACGUCAUGGUGCAGAUUCAAGAUUUCUGCCAGGAGGCAUCCACUGGAUUGGGUGGCCCAGUGUCAAGACGGCUGAAAGAAGCCAUGGGCCAGGUACCUGCCAGCAUCCGCAAGUCUGUGAGCUCGAUGUUGAGAUUGAAUAACCAACUGCGAGCGUGCCUUUGGCAGAAAGCUUUGGCCGUGCGCGUCGAAGUCUCUGUGACGCCAGCAACAUUGGAAGACUGCAAGGCCAUGAUCAGCAAGCUAGAUGCGAUGGUGUCAAUGUCAGUGGCUGAUGUGACACAGUCUGACGAUUUCGAGAACCAACUCGCCGAACUGUCUGGGGCAUACCAGCUCAGCCAGAAACUCCACGCUUCGAUGGUAGAAGGUGCCAAAGACGGUGCUGAUGCCAUUGAUUCCGCGCUUGGUCGGUUGGAAGGGUGGUUGGUAAACACUUUGUGCCCCAACUACGAGGAGCAGGUGGCCCACAUCGAGAGCUUUGCGAAGGAAAAGGCGCAGGUAGAGAAGAAUCUGGAAGCUCUGGCAGAACGGUGUUCCGUGCUGGAGAAGAUCACCCUCCCAAACUUGAAGGACGAUGCCGUUCCACGAUUUCUUCUGAAGUGGCAGCAUGCGAUGGGAGCCUUUGAAGCUCCUGAGAGUGACUGUGAGGACAGCGUGGAGGUUCAUUCCAUGCAUUUGGGUUUUGCAAAGCCUCUUCUGGCCGCGGCCAAGGAUGAGAUGAGCCAUGAUUCCUUGAGCCAGGCGGAGAAGCCAAUUGUCGAGGCCAUUGUGGGCUACAUGGACGCCUUUUGCAAGAUUGUGUCAGCAAAAAGCGUGAAGAAGAUUUUGCAGGACCCUGGCAAGUCGUGGCCAAUUGAGAAACUGCUCAUGCCUGAGCACAUGGCCGCCGGAUCAGCUUUCAAAGCAGUUAGCAGCCUCAAGGAGGAUGAGGAUGCGGUGAAGAAAAACGCUGGAGAUUUAGCAUUCGUGCUGUCGAAGCUCGGCCUCUUCGAGACUUGUGCCAAUUUGCUCCAGUCCAAGAUCGGCAGGGAUCCUCUUCUCGCUACCUUGGCAACGCAGUGUGAAAGCUUUGCCGCUACUUUCUCCAAGUCCGUGCGGGAGACCCUCAAGACCAUCCAGUACAGCAUUCUCAACACCAUGAUGACCUACAUUGAGAAGUAUCGUAAGGUGGCGAAAGCUGCAGAAGGGUGGGAAAUGGAUGGUGUGGCUUGGGCUUUCUCCAACGAUGAAAGCUCGCAGUCAAACUCUGACUUCAAGGUUCUGCACGGGUCCCUCACAGCAUUCAGAGCAGAGCUGUCCAGCCUUGAGACCUUCAUGUCGCAUGCUUCUGGCAACUCUGAGGUCAAGAAGCUGGUUGAUGAGGUGGCAGUGUUGACCACGGAAGGCCAAAAGCUUUGCCAUGAAGCGGGGGCCAUUGCGGCCAUUGUCAUGGUCAGCGGCUAUUUCAUUGUCACUGAGGAUGGCGUUCAUCUCGACACGGUGCAGAAGCAUUGCCAGAACAUGUACAAAUUUGACUUUGCAAAGUUGCCUGGAAAGUUGAAGGAGAUGGUGACGAAGCAUCUCAAAGAUGGACCAGAUGGAGCUGACGAAGGUCGCCCCAGCAAGGAAAAGAAAGACAAGAAAGUUGCAAAGAAGAGCAAGGACAAGGGCAAGGAGAAGAAGCAGUCCAAGGAGAAAUCCGCGGACGACAAGAAGAGCAAGAAGGAACACGGGCCACACCUUCCAACAUCCAAUUCUUGCAGGGUAGCAGGAGGUUACCAUCCGACACGUGGGCCCUCAUUGAACUUCUUGAAUUUGGAGCGGCUUGUGGUGCAAACUGGAUUUCGUCAAGCAAAUUUUGCCUUUCAGGAUGACGGGGCCCUGUUCAAUGUGUGGGUCUUGGCCAAGACAG